GGAACUUGGUCAUCAACACCGACGUCUGGCUCGCCACCCAUGUUGCCUUUUCCGAGAUUUGCUCGCCCAUGUCGCGCCCAAUGGUGUUCUCUACGCAGCCUUUCUCUGUCUAGUCGCGAAACCCAACAGUUCAGGCCAAAAUCCAUUCGACAGCCACAAAAUCAUCUCCGCUUUUAUUCGACGGAGCCACCGGCACCUCCUCGCAGCGCCAGCGUGUUCACCCCGUCUUCAGCUGUCGUUUUUGUGACUGUACUCGUUGGCUUAGUCUUUUAUUUCCGUCACGAAAAGGCCAAACACAUCGAACAGCGAGAAAAAGAGCGCGCUGCCUCGCAAUAUGGACGUCCCAAAGUCGGCGGACCCUUCAAACUAAUGUCGCAUACUGGCCAGCCAUUCACUGAUCAAGACCUCUUUGGAAAGUGGAGUUUAGUCUACUUUGGUUUCACGAAUUGCCCCGACAUUUGUCCGGCUGAGCUCGACAAAAUUACUGCUGUGGUAGAGGCUGCAGAGAAAGAGCACGGCAAAAUUUUUCAACCUCUUUUCAUAUCCGUCGAUCCUGCCAGAGAUACCGUAUCACAGAUGGCCGUAUAUCUUAAAGAUUUCCACCCAUCAAUUGUCGGCCUUGUUGGCACGUAUGCUGAGACUCGAGCGAUUUGCAAGGCGUACCGUGUUUACUUCUCCACACCGCCGGACGCGGACCCCAGCGGCGACUAUCUUGUCGACCAUUCGAUAUUCGUAUAUCUCAUGGAUCCCAAUGGUCAGUUUGUUGAGGCCUUUGGUCAGGUAACUACAGCUUCUGAUGUGGUCGAAAAAAUCCAUGGGUUUGUGGGCGAAUGGGAAAAGGACCACGGCAAAAUGUAGACACCCAGAUCAAUGAAUAUUUAAUAACUGCAAAGGCUUUCAUUUCCUCCUCGCACCGGCUUGUACUAAUGUAAGAACGGAAACAAAUAACAAUAUU